AUGAUAUUGGAUCCAAUGAAAUUUAUAGUCGUUGUAGUUACACCAAUGGGACCCGUUGGCCUCCUGGGGCGUUCCGCAGCGCGGCGCAGCGCGUCCCAAGGCCCAUGGGACUUCUUACAGUCCAAUGCAAAAGAAAUUUAUGAACGAGUGUUGAAAGUAUAUAAGGACUCUUCGCCUUCAAUUAGUACAGUAGAAAGAUGGGUUGCUGAAUUUAAACGUGGUCGUACAAACCUUGAAGACGAUCUACGUCAAGGACGCCCAAAAACAGCAACAAAACCAGAAAUUGUAGAAAAAAUACAGGAUAUCGUAUUGAAAAAUCGUCGAGUUACGGAAAGAGAUUUAGUAGCAGCCCAAGGCAUCUCACUGGGCAAUGUAAGCAAUAUUUUGACUGAAGUGUUGGGUUUCAAAAAGCUGUGUGCACAAUGGGUACCGCAUUCGCUAACAAUGGAACAAAAACACAUUCGAAUGCGACUUUCUCAGCAACAUUUAGAGCGUUUUCGAAAGAAUAAAGUGGAUUUUGUGCGUCAUAUAGUAGACUUGGGUCUAUUACUAUGA